AUUUGUAGUGAUGAUGUUAAAAUAUUUAAUGCAAGAAAUAUCAAUAACUUUAAUCUGAUUUUCUUUCUAAAAGUUUAUUAAUUAUGCAAAAAGAUAUCAAUAACUUUAAUCAACAAUAUAAAAGAACAUAUAAUGGAUAAUUUUGCGACGUUUUUUUUCUGAUUGAAAAAAUCAACAACUCUACACGAAUUUGGUCUUUCAAAUCCUGACAGGAAAAGGAACACCGUUCCAAAGAUCGGAGCUCUUAUCUCUGCAACUCCAGCGAUUCCUAUUCCAACACCGAACACACAAUCUCCUCUUCUCUAUAAAACAACCUCUCGCAAACACUUUGGCAAUCACAAUUCACAAUCUCUUCUUUUCUUUUUUACGCUCGAGAUCUCUCUGGUUCUUCUUUAGCAGAUCGCAUUCUUUGUUGUCUUGCAAUCCAAGUUAUGGCAGAUGAUAAUGGCGAAAACCCUAUGCCCAACGAUAGGGACUACAAUCAUCUUCUCACCGCGUUCGCAAAUCUUAAUGGCAACAGUAACAUCAACACCAACAACAACUACCCCAAUCUCAACGUUUAUAACGUUAGUCAUAUCUCCACCGCUAGCUUCAACGCUCAUCCGGCUUGGAUGACCCAAUCUCAACCUGGUGCUUCUUCCUCCAGAUACUCCGGCCAACCCUUCCCUCCUCCUCCAAGUUUUGUGAGCCCCGGCGUCGAAAAGGAUCAUAACUUGCUAUCAAGACUGUUGGACAUGAUGACUUGUGCAGGACGUUUCGCUGAGUUCCAAAAGUUCCUCCAAGAUCUCGAUACCAAUCCAACGGCUGAGAGGGAGAGCCAUCUGUUCAAGAUCGGAUCAUUGUUAACCACAAACAAGCGCACUUUCCUCCACUUGGCUACGAACCAAUACGGCUCACAAUCUUUACAUAUCCUCUUUAGACGCAGCCCUAGCUUAGACCAUCUCUUAUUCCACGCUGUUGGCAUAAACUUCUUCUUGCUCAUGACCGAUAAGUACGCUCGAGGCUUGAUCAUAUCCGCUAUACGAGCCGUCGAUAAAACCAAGAAGGAGGUUCUCUACAAGCUCACGUACGAAUACACUCUGCAACUUGCCAGGCUAGAAACUGGAUUUGCCCUAAACAAUGUGUUUCAAGAGAUCAGAGGCAAAUACAGAGACCUAAUCUUCGAGUGCGUCGCCAAGAACGCCGAAUGGUUAGCUUUUGACCCCUACGGAACACACGUUGUACAGAACUUUCUGACACUUCAGAACCCCGUUGCAACAACCGCAAUCGCCGAGAGACUUCGUGGAAAUUUCUUCAGUUUAGCGAUGGAGAGACAAGGAAGCUAUGUGGUGGAGAAGUGUUUGAAAUCGGAUUUUGCUAGAGGGAAAGUGUUGGAGGAGUUUAGAGGAAAUGAUAAAGAAUGGGUAAGAAUGACAACUGAUAAGUUUGGCAACUUUGUGGUACAGUGUGCGUUGAGAGUGAUGAAGGAGAAAGAGAUGAGACCAAUGUUGAGAGAGUUUGUGGAGAAGCUAAGGCCUCACUUUUGGAGGAUGGAGAUUGGGCAUGGGAGGAACACACUGAGACUGAUUCAAGAAGAAAUUGUGGGUUGGAUUAAUCAGUUACCAGAUAAAUCUGGAUAUAUGAACUAAGUGGUUUUGGUGUUUUUGUUUUUUUUUUCUAGGGUUUUCUGUAGUGUUUAUAAACACUAUAUAUGGUAACACUUUAAAAGUGUGCUUAUUCUAGUUAAAGAAUUUUUUUAUACCGACUCUAGUAGAAAAAAAUCCGAAUUGGAACCAAUCUGAUUGACAUUACAUUGAUGAUGUAAAGACGAGAAAAAAAAAUUGAUAAGACAAAUUUGGGAACAAGGGGAAGAAUGAUAUCAAUUUGGAUCCUCCUAAUGACAAAGACAAGAUAGCUUUUACGUGGACACCUGUUUUUGGAUUGAGACAUGUAAUUAAUUUGGCAACAAAAUAAUAAGGACAAAGACUUGAGAUGAUCAAAAUGAUGAUGAUUGUCGCUUAGUAAAUUGAAUUGCGUAUAAGACAAGAAUGUGUCACGUUGAUUAG